CUGCCGGUCCGUAGCCGGCGGAAGUGCAAGACCGGAAGUUGCGUAUCCUCCGGCGCCGACACGGUGCGUCGGGCGAGGCCUUGUGGAUCUCGAGGGUACUACUAUGGCUUCCAGUGGGGUCGGGGUGAGCGCCCCGGGCGCGGCGAAUGAAGCUCCCGAAAUUCCGGACAACGUGGGAGAUUGGCUUCGGGGCGUCUACCGCUUCGCCACCGACAGGAACGAUUUCCGGAGGAACUUGAUCCUCAAUUUGGGACUUUUUGCUGCAGGCGUUUGGCUGGCCAGGAAUUUGAGUGACAUUGAUCUAAUGGCCCCUCAGCCAGGGGUAUAGCCAAAUAGGCUUUUACAUUUCUAAUGCCACCCGUUGUCCUGUCGUCUGAUUGCAGACACAUGGAACUCCCUGUGCUGUACUGGAACCUUCCAAAAACAGCCUCCAAUCUUUGACCAUCACAAGACUUUCCCUGAUGGAAGUUGAAGUUUCAUUCAGACGGGCACCUUCCCUUCCCGACUGCCUUUUCUUCGUUGAGCCCACUCAGAACUCCAUUCUUUGGUCAGCAGUCAGGCUUCAGCCAAAGUGUUGUCCUCUGUUCUAUAAAGUUCUGUACAUAGGUCCAAAGUUUCUGCAGGGGGUGAUUUUUGCUCUUGUCCUGAGGAAUAACCUAAUGGUAUUUUAACAAAUAUUUGGAAUAAAGACUGCACGCAAAGACAAA